AUGUUGUCAAAACAAAGUAUUUUUUGGUUUUGUCGAUUUCAAUUUUUCUUCUGUAAGUGUUUGAUUCUAGGUCUGUAAUUUCUCCUAUUUUGCAAAGAUAUGUCCUCCGAAAGCAUUAAACCCAUUCGAAAAUAUUUAAAAGAAAAAAUCGUCAAUAAUCAAGAAUUUGUUGGCAAAGAAAAGGAGCUUAACCAAGUCCUAGACCUACUCAAAAAGACUGUGGAACAUGGAGAGUCAAACUCUAUGUUAUUAAUUGGACCUAAGGGCUCUGGAAAAACAAAGCUAGUAAACAGUGUUUUAAAGCAGCUCGAAAUAUUAAAAAACUUUAAACAAGACUCAAUAGUGGUAAAACUGCAUGGCUUGAUUCACACCGAUGACCGACUUGCUCUAAAAGCCAUCACCUUCCAAAUGAAUUUGGACAAUGCUGUUGAUGGAAAAGUAUUUGGUAGUUUCGCUGAAAAUCUCGCUUUCUUAUUAGCUUGUCUUAAAACUGGGGAUAGACACUCUUCUAAGAGCAUAAUUUUUAUACUGGAAGAGUUUGAUUUAUUCUGUACUCACCACAACCAAACAUUGUUGUAUAAUUUGUUUGAUAUUUCACAGAGUGCUCAGGCUCCUAUUUGUGUCUUGGGAAUAACAUGUAGGAUAGAUGUCAUUCAACUACUUGAAAAAAGGGUCAAAUCAAGAUUCUCACAUAGACAAAUGUUCUUGUACUCUGGCCCGGAAGAAAAAAGCGAAAUAUCAGAUAUAGAUUUCGCAUUAAAUAGAAUUAAAUGGUAUUUAGAAAUCCCUAACAAGGCCGAAAUCAAAAUAAGUACCAUAGUAAGAGACCAGUGGAAUUCUCAUAUUCAAUCUUUAAUUGUCGACAAAAAAUUUAGAAACGUUAUUGAACGGUUAAUAGACAUAGAUUUAAAUGAAAAUAUGCUUAGAAAUAUUUUGGUAAAAUGCAUUUUUGCUCUCUCAGACACCCAAAAACUGUUUACUCAUCAGCACUUUGAAAAGGAGUUGAAUCUUAUGGAAAGAGAUAAUGUAGUACAAAUACUGCAGGAUCUAAGUGUUUUAGAAUUAUGUCUUAUAGUAGCCAUGAAGCACCAUAACGAAAUUUAUGACAACAGCCCAAUGAAUUUUGAAAUGAUUUAUUCCAGAUAUGUUAAGUUUGCCAACAAACAUGCUACCAUGCAAAAUGUACAAAGACCAGUUGUCAUGAAGGCAUUUGAGCAUAUAGAGAACUUAGAACUUAUAUCUAUGAUUAACCAAAACAACAGUAAGCUGCACAAGGAGUAUCAGUUCUUUAAAUUAUUGGUAACUGCACAGCAGGUUUCAGAUUCUAUAAGUAAAUCCGUGGGAUUACCAACAGAGGUUAUACAGUGGUCAAAUAGUUCUUUAUUAUAAAGUUAAUUUUAGCACUAAAUUUGUCCUGCCCUUAGUGUAAAUAAAUUUUUUCUUCAUUAUUGAUAAUUAA